UUCUCCGCAUGCGCGGAAGGCCGGAUGUGGCUCAAAUUGAUUGAAAGUGCGCGGUGCUGCAGCAAUGGCGGCGCUGGGAACCCUAACGGGUAGUGGCAAUUGGUUUUCUGCUUUGGCGCUCGGGGUGACUCUCCUCAAAUGCCUUCUCAUUCCUACCUACCAUUCUACAGAUUUUGAAGUACACCGCAACUGGCUUGCUAUCACUCACAGUUUGCCAAUAUCACAGUGGUAUUAUGAGGCAACUUCAGAGUGGACCUUGGAUUACCCUCCUUUUUUUGCGUGGUUUGAGUAUGUCCUGUCACAUGUUGCCAAAUAUUUUGAUCAAGCGAUGCUUAAUGUUCAUAAUCUGAACUACUGCAGCUCAAGGACCUUAUUUUUCCAGAGAUUUUCUGUCAUCUUUACAGAUGCACUCUUUGUGUAUGCUGUCUACGAGUGCUGUAAAUGCAUCAAUGGAAAAAAGGCGGGUAAAGAACUUACAGAGAAACCAAAGUUUAUUCUUUCAGUGUUACUAUUGUGGAAUUUCGGAUUGUUAAUUGUGGACCAUAUUCAUUUCCAGUACAAUGGAUUCCUGUUUGGAUUAAUGCUGCUCUCCAUUGCACGGUUAUUUCAGAAAAGGCAUGUGGAAGGAGCAUUUUUCUUUGCCGUUCUCCUACAUUUGAAGCACAUCUACUUCUAUGUAGCACCAGUUUACAGUAUAUACCUGCUACGCUCUUACUGUUUCACUGCAAAUAAACCAGAUGGGUCUGUCCGAUGGAACAGUUUCAGCUUUGUCCGUGUUAUUUUGCUGGGACUUAUUGUUUUCCUGGUUUCUGCUCUUUCACUGGGUCCUUUCCUAGCCUUGAACCAGCUGCCUCAAGUCUUUUCCCGACUCUUUCCUUUCAAGAGGGGCCUCUGCCAUGCAUACUGGGCUCCAAACUUCUGGGCCUUGUACAAUGCUUUGGACAAAGUUCUGUCUGUCAUUGGUUUGGAAUUGAAACUUCUUGAUCCCAACAAGAUCCCUAAGGCCUCAAUGACAAGUGGUUUGGUUCAGCAGUUCCAACAUAUAGUCCUUCCCUCAGUGACUCCCUUGGCAACACUCAUCUGCACUCUGAUCGCCAUAUUGCCCUCCAUUUUCUGUCUUUGGUUUAAACCCCAAGGGCCCAGAGGCUUUCUCCGAUGUCUAAUUCUUUGUGCCUUGAGCUCCUUCAUGUUUGGGUGGCAUGUCCAUGAAAAAGCCAUACUCCUCGCAAUUCUCCCAAUGAGCCUUUUGUCUGUGGAAAAAGCAGGAGAUGCUUCRAUUUUUCUGAUUCUGACCACAACAGGACAUUAUUCUCUCUUCCCUCUGCUCUUCACUGCCCCAGAACUUCUCAUUAAAAUCUUACUCAUGUUAUUAUUCUCCAUCUAUAGUAUUACUUCACUGAAGAUUCUAUUCAGGUAA